AUGGCGACAAAAAUGUCGGGUAAUUUUUCACAGGAGAGCUCCUUGCCUUCAUCAGAGGAUUUCAACGGAACCUGGUCUCAGCAGGGUUCAAAAACCGAAGGUUUGUAUGUUUGCGAUUGGCCGAUCGUCUGGGCCGCGACCGCAAUCGUGCAGCGAAAUUCGUCUGAUGGGGAUUGGGAAAUUCCGAUGCUAUG